AAACAUCCCUCAUAUAAUUUUCGUGUCCGCCAAUAUCUUCCACCUUCCAUUGCCCUCCCCCCCACGUCUUUUCUCGUUCUUUUCCAUUUGAUUCACGCGUCUUUUGAUUUGCAAUUGCUUCAUUUUCGCUCCUGGUCGCGCCUCGUCGCCUUCACUCUGCGCUUUCCUCUUGUCAUUACCCUAACCACUCCAUCACCCACCACUAUUAUUCAUUGACACGAAAUUAUCGAUUUACUGAAUUUUGAAAGUUUGAAUCUCCUUUCUCGUUCAAAUUGGCUCUUUUCCAUCCCCAUCGCUUCCGAUAAUCAAGAAUCAAGAUGCCCAAGGAAAAAACAACCACCCGCAAGACCAAGCCCCGCAGCGAGAAGAGAAAGAAGGACCCUAACGCCCCUAAGCGCGGUCUCUCUGCUUACAUGUUCUUUGCCAACGAGAACCGUGAACGUGUCCGAGAUGAGAACCCCGGCAUUGCCUUUGGCGCCCUUGGUCGCAAGCUCGGUGAGCUGUGGAAGGGAUUGAGCGAUGCUGAGCGAAAGCCAUACGAAGACAAGGCUGCUGCCGACAAGAAGCGUUACGAGGACCAGAAGGCCAGCUAUUUGGCUGGUGGCGAUGAAGAGGAAGAAUCCUCCUAAACCAUUUCUUUAUUCUCUUCUCUUCCAACUCAACUGAGAAAAACAAAAAGGAACACAAUCAUCCCUCAGUGUAUGAUUAUAUUUGAUUAGGGAAAAUUUUCUUUUUCCAUUCGUCGGCUGAUAUAGUUUCUUCCUGGUUUUCUCGCUAUGAUACUGCUAGUCUAUGGCUCGGUUUUCCUGACGUUUUCUCUUUUUUAUCUAAUCUCUGGUCUCUUCGGUAUGGGCUGACGGGGUUCUUUGUGUUCGUUCUACACGUGGUUGUUUUCGUUGUUUUGUUUUCGUGAUGCAUUUUUAUUUUCCUCAAUUGUUCUUGCGCGAGGGGUUUUAAAGUCAAAUAUGGAAAUCUUUGUUGUCUUUUCAUAUCUCCGUAUACAUAAAUCAACCUUGAAUCGUAAGAAGCAAGUUUUAAAAAGGGAAGUAAUAGGGUUAUAAAAGAUUAUAAUUGAAUUUGUGCUUCUGU